AUGGAGGAAGAAAAGAAGGAUGAUCCGCCACCGGUUAAAAGGUAUAGACGUGAAGAAAAGUCAUCAGAAUCUGAGGAAGACCUGGAUAACUAUGAACCCUAUGUUCCCGUGAAGGAGCGUAAAAAACAACAGCUAUUGAAGCUUGGAAGAAUCGGACAACUCGCUGCAGAGGCUGCUGCAGAGCCUAAGAGCUCCAGUGAUAAUGAUCCUGAUGAUGAGACAUCUCAAGAAGAAUGGGGUCGUCGUUAUAAUGUGUCCCUGCUAGACCAGCACUCUGAACUGAAGAGACUAGCGGAGGCCAGGGCCCUGUCUGCAGCGGAGCGGCAGGCGAGGGAGGAAGAACAUAUAUUGGAAAGUGUUGCACAGAGCAAGGCUUUGAUGGGAGUCGCGGAAUUGGCUAAAGGUAUUCAAUACGAGGAACCAAUAAAGACAUCAUGGCGUCCGCCACGCUGUAUCUUAGAGUUACCGGAGGAACGACACGAGAGGGUCCGGAGACAGCUUAGGAUACUAGUGGAGGGUGAUGAUGUACCGCCUCCCAUUAGAACGUUCCAGCAUAUGAAGUUUCCUAAAGGAAUCCUUCGAGGCUUAGAAGCUAAAGGCAUAAAGAAACCGACACCAAUUCAAGUGCAAGGCAUCCCAGCAGUGCUCAGCGGUCGAGACAUGAUAGGCAUAGCAUUCACCGGGUCUGGCAAAACUCUAGUGUUCACACUACCUAUCAUCAUGAUGUGUUUGGAACAGGAAAUCAAGAUGCCGUUCAUCAAAAACGAAGGACCAUACGGUCUAAUAAUAUGUCCGUCACGAGAACUGGCGAAACAAACACACGACAUCAUACAGCAUUUCGUGAAGCAACUGAAAUUGUGCGGAAAUCCUGAAAUACGAAGCUGUUUGGCUAUUGGAGGCGUGGCUGUAUCGGAAUGUAUGGAAGUUGUACAGCGCGGCGUUCAUAUAAUGGUUGCAACGCCGGGUCGACUUAUGGACAUGCUUGAUAAGAAAAUGGUACGUCUAAACGUGUGUCGGUAUCUGUGCAUGGACGAGGCGGACAGGAUGAUAGAUAUGGGGUUUGAGGAGGACGUCCGAACUAUAUUCUCAUACUUCGCUGGGCAACGACAGACUUUACUAUUCAGCGCUACUAUGCCGCGGAAGAUUCAGAAUUUCGCCAGAUCUGCCCUAGUGAAACCAGUCACGGUGAACGUAGGCCGAGCUGGUGCAGCAUCACUCAACGUGCGCCAAGAAUUAGAACCAGUAAAGGCUGAAGCUAGGACUGUACACUUACUUCAAUGUCUUCAGAAAACACCACCACCAGUAUUGGUAUUUGCUGAGAGAAAGCAAGAUGUGGAUGCUAUCCACGAGUAUCUACUGCUAAAAGGAGUGGAAGCAGUUGCCAUACACGGUGGAAAGGAUCAAGAAGAGAGGUCGCGCGCUGUGGAAGCGUUCAGAAGAGGAGAAAAAGAUGUUCUUGUAGCUACUGACGUGGCUAGCAAAGGUCUUGACUUCGCGAAUAUACAACACGUCAUUAACUACGAUAUGCCUGAGGACAUAGAGAACUAUGUCCAUCGCAUCGGACGUACGGGCAGAGCCGGGGGCGAAGGCGUAGCUACCACGUUACUCGGCAGGGCGGCUGACGACAGCGUGUUGAGAGAUUUAGCGCAUCUGUUGAGAGAGGCUCAGCAGAAGGUACCAUCAUUCCUAUUGGAUAUGAUAGGCGAGCCAGACGUCCCAGUGCCUGACGGACAGGGAUGUUCGUACUGUGGCGGUCUGGGACAUAGAAUUACAGAAUGUCCGAAACUGGAGGCUGUACAAAACAAGCAAGCUUCGAAUAUCGGAAGAAGGGACUAUUUGGCGAAUACUGCCGCUGACUAUUAA